AUGUUGGUGAGGCAAGGCAAGCCCAAUGUCCUGUCUGAUGGUUCAGCUGUCAUGGUAACGGUUGGUUCUGACUUUGGCGACACGCACGAAGAUGAUGAGGAACCAUUUUUCGAAGCGGGCGGCCGUAGUGUCGACUUGGUCACGGUGCUAUACAACAAUUUCGGUCAUUGGGAGCAGAGCCUGAAAAGCUCUUUCAACCAAGAUCUAACCAAACAUCUGGCGAAACAGAGCUAUUUGCCUUUUUUCGACUUCUUUCCUUGGUUUGUUAAGCAUAAGGACGACUUCAAGGCUGCCAGCCUCUUUGCCAAACAGUACCUUAACAUCACGAAGCCCUAUGUGCUACUCACAUACGGCAACAUCCCUACCUACGCCGGUAUGAAGAGCUUCCAACCGUUUACUCAGGGUGCAUACGAAACCGAGUAUAGCAAGCUCAGCAAAGCAAACGACAGUGAGGCGUACUGGCUGAAGGAGGUGAUGGGUGUUCCUCAAAUGGCGUCAUUCGAUGGUGCUCAAGGAGUUACACUGGGCGCAGAAUGUGUCCUCAUCCCAUGUUUUCAUCCUGGACGAGUCGGCCAUGCCGGUAUUUUGAAGACUUUAAUCACACGUUUGUUGGCUAUGGUUUCUGGAAUGGCAUGGGCGGCUAUGGAAUAUGCAGUCACGGUCGAUCACAAGAACCCGAACCUUCCACGGAAGCAAAAAUGUGAGCAGAUUCUCGGACAGCUCAAUAUGCAACUGAGCUCAAAUCACCCGUUUGGGCAAGCUUUCGAGAAGUCAAAGUCAGAGUACGCCGUAGCUCAGACCGCAGAUUGGCAGGCGAGGUUUGCACGAAAGAAGACAGUAGCCAUUGGCAAGCCUCCCCGGGGUAUUCUUGCUACUAAGGUCCAGAGAAAGGCGAAGCGUUCGCAUCUCGAUCUUCAUGCUGGAGCUAUGGAAGCAAUUGGUGAUUCAUACGAACUCAAUAUUCAGCACUAUCCAUGGGCUGGUGGUGGAGAUAAGGACAAGCGCCAUACUCUUAUUUGGACCGAAGAUGAUGGACAAGUUUGGAGUAUAGGACCGGUUCUGCUUCCGGAAAAUGUGCUGCCUUCCGACGGGAACGACAAGCGGUUUGUUGUUUUUACCGAAGGUGGUCUCGACAUUCGUAAUGGGGCCGGUGAAUCGAAGGGCGACAGGAAACCGCUUCUCAGCGGCAACAGCAAGACGGAAACCGUGCCAAUUGCCAGUCUCGUGCUCACAUUAUGUGAACAAGCCCAUUGGACGCUGUUCAUCUCUCAUUGGGAAGACGUAACAGGGCUCUCUGUAGACUACGUUCUUGGUUCGAAGCUUGCAAUAAGGAGCAAGGCUUCAUCUUCCUUGUCAACUGCGAACGAAGACUAUUACCCGAACUCAUUCUUCGCUGGCUCGAAGAGAGGGCUACCUUUCACUUGGGUGUAUCAAACAGUCAAGACGAAGGAGAAAUACCUCAGCAUCAUCAACGCUACACUGCCAGCACAGCCUGGAGAUCUAGUCUGGCUCAUCGACAGAUACAUUGCCGAAACACUACCCAAUGGUGGUGACAUUGAUCUGGUUCCUGCGUCCGUUCACGCCAAUUCGGUUUUUGCACAGGUCGCCUCAUUCUGUAUGCAGGCAAAAUACAAGAACCAUCCGCACCUACGAACGUUCCUCGCUUUUGCAAGCAUGUCAGAAAUGGGUGUAGAUGAACGACUGGUCCCUGCAACUGCCUUCACAAAUGUGGUCGAGGUACUUUUUGGCAAGUUCGGCAAGAAGACUAAGACAGUCAGAACCAAGAUCGCCAACGAAACUCGUACUAUGAGCCGGGUUGUGCUCACUAUCGGUACCGAACGCCAGUCUGGUGUUCUACAAGAGAUUGAGGAACCGGCUUUCGAACAAGAUGUGAUCAUUGAGGGUGAUGUUACGGACGAUGAAGGACAAGAAGACAUGUCGCGGGGGCAGAAGCGAGGGUUUGACGGUGACGAUGAUGGAGGCGAGUCCAGCAAGUCUGGUGCCAAAGCAUUGAAGGGCAAGGGCAAGAAUUAG